GAGUGGACAGCACCGUCCUGCAGGAUGAAGGCACUGGGAGCUGUGGUCCUGGCCCUGCUACUGUAUGGGCAGCCAGGCAGUCGGCAGGUGCAGGAGGAGGAGGAUGAUGACAGGGAGCCGGAGAGCUAUGGCUAUGAUGAGGAGGAGGAAGAAGAGGAGGAAACCAACAUGAUUGCCGGCAGCAGAGAUAGAGCACUGCGGUGCUAUGCCUGCCCCUUGCUACACUAUGGGGAGAGCUGCGACCAGAUGCAGAGCUGCUCCGGCAGUCAGGCUUCCUGCAUCAUGCUUGUUACCCAUGGCAACACAGAUUCUGGUCUCCUGACCACCUAUUCCAUGUGGUGCACAGACUCCUGCCAACCCAUCAUCAAGACCGUGGAGGGGACCCAGAUGACUGAAACCUGCUGCCAAUCUUCCAUGUGCAAUGUCCCACCCUGGCAGCACCCACUGAAUGGCAAAGCAGGAGGUCCCCAGGAGAGCAGGGCUGGCCAUCCCCAGGGUGAGAGGGAUGGUCAUCCCCAGGCCAAUGGGUCAAAUGCCCUCCCAAAGUGCCCCCAAAAUGUGAGCACAGCCCUCCUACUCAGCCUCCUCACUAGCCUUUUGGCAGUGGGGGCCUGAAGACACCUCACACCUGACCAGGCCAGCACUCUGUCCAGUGCUUCCCCUUACCCCAUCACCAGCUUCAGAGAAUAAAUUUGAAGUGUC